AUGCCGUCGGACGGCGAAUCGGACGAGGGCACGGCCGCCCUUGUGCGGGCUGGCUGCGGCACUGGCCCCAAGAAGCCCGGCCCCGACAAGCCGGAACAACUCGGCUUGACGACCAUGACCGGGCCCACGCCCCUCGGCCCGAGGCCCGCCACCUGGCACGAGCACGUGUACGCCCCGCCCCCUCGCACCCCCACCCCCCACCGCAUCAGCGACAUACUCGGCUGGAGCGGACCCGGACCUGGUGGCGGUAAUGGGCCCCCCCGGGCCUUUCACCACCACCACCCCCAACAGAGUAAACUGCUCGCCCCGACCCCCAGACGGCUCAGUGUGACCAGUCCCCUCGUCAGGGCACCCCUGCCCAUCUACUCGCCCCUGCCCGCCCACUCCCCGGCUUCGGUGCACACGGGUAGCUUGACGUCGCCGCCGUGCACGCCUAGCCCGGCCUCGCCGAUGAUGUCGCCGGCUUCGAGCUACUGCGGCACCCAGCCGUCCGCCGCGAGUUUCCACUCGGUCGCGCUGUCGAGCUGCCCCGGCGAGGAGUGCGAGGACGGCCCGCUUAACCUGACCACGGGCCCAAGGCGCAGUCGGAGUCCCCCGGAGCAGUACCUUUACGAGCCGAGCGCGGGACCGGAGCAGCGCAAACGACCGAGCGAGGAACACUUGACCACGGCCACGCCGACUACGACGUUCCUCGAGCCGGAGGGCAUGAUGUUCGGGCUCCAUCAGGCCCACCACCCGUUUCCCCACAACGGCCAGUCCGCGGUCGAGCUGCUGCAGGCCAGCGCCAGGGAGUACAGGAAAUCACUCAACAAGUCGCCCAGCAAAGAGAGCAGCAGCAACAGCAGCGGGGGCAGCAGUGGCAAGGCUGCGACUAGCAAGCGAAAAAAGUCCGAGGCCAGUGCCACGGUGGUGGGAUUGGCGGUAACGGCGUCGACGACGGCCACGACGACAACGACGUUGUCAGCAGCAGGAAAGGAGCCGACGGCGGUGCAGCUGAAACUCGGGGCAAGCGGUGGCGGAGCGACGAUUGAGGAGAGCAGGUCAACGCCGGGUUUGGUGUCGCUGAGCGACGCGGCCGAGGACGCCGAGUCGGCCGAGCGCAAGAAGAAGAAAGCCCGGACGACCUUCACCGGCCGGCAGAUCUUCGAGCUCGAGAAGCAGUUCGAGAUCAAAAAGUACCUGAGCUCCUCCGAGCGCUCCGAGAUGGCCAAGCUCCUCAACGUCACCGAGACCCAGGUGAAGAUUUGGUUCCAGAACCGGCGGACAAAGUGGAAAAAGCAGGACAACAUAAGCAACGCCGAGGCGGCCGAGCACAAGAACCAAAACAACCCCAAGUCGGGUGGUCAGGGUGGCCCGGGCUCCAAGUCGUCGGGCAAGCACCACCAGUCGAAGGACAUGUCGGAGCUCAGCUCGGACUCCAACAACUCCCUGCUGGUGAGCGACGGCAACUCCGUGCCCGACAGCAACAGCAGCCGAACGAUCGCCUCCCCCGACCCGUCCCCACGACCUGCCAGCAACAGCGGCGCCUCGGCGAAAAUCAGCUCCCGCGACCUCGUCGCCGGCAAGGGCCAGUCCAGAAUAGCCAACCUCAACGCCAAGGAGCCGCCGGACGACGAUGCCGGGACGAGUAGUCUCGAAGCUCUGGAGUUGUCGUCCGUUGGCCACAGGCAGUUGUCUCCGUCGCCGUUGAAGAGGCCGACGACGCCUACCGAUGACGAGAGGCCGGACGAGGAGGACGAGGACCUCGAGGGCACGGCCAAGGUGAGGACGAAAUCGAGCUCGAGCCCCGAGUCGCCCGACAGCUAACCAGCGACGGACUCGUCGGCCGUUGCUGCAGUGGCCAAAGUGGGACUUUUGUGACGUGGCUUGGCUCGCCUGAGCUCUGGACUCGCGAUAAGUGGCCUGUGACGAUCGAACUGAUGAUGCACGGUAGUUUUUUUUUUUUUUUUUUUUUUUUUUACUCUUAGCGUAAAGAUGAUCGGGUGACUGUGAGAAAAACUUUCUUGUUCGCGUACAAUGUGUUGGCGUCGGUGGUGUCGUUUGUUUUCUCGAGAACAGCUCGAUUGUAGGCGGGGUUUUCCCGCUCGUACUUUUAUGUACGGGCCACAUUGCAACGUCAAGUAGUGUUUUUUUUUUCGUGAGACGCUUCGCCGACUGAUGUAAGCGGCAGCGCGUCGAGGUGCGGGACGUACGCGCGAGUCCCGCGACUGUGAUUUUAACCGAUUUCCUGCCUCAUACAAAUUGAAGAAAAUGAAGAAAAAAAAGAGAGAGUCAGUUUUUCCUAAAAGUAACGGUAUGCACGUAUAAAAAAAUUUUAAGGUAAGAUUUAGGUUCUGUAAUCGCCUAUGAAUUGAACAAAAAAAAAAUAAAAUAAAAUAAAAUAAUUGAUAAAUCGUAGCACAUGUGACAUAAAAGCCAAUUUGUAAACAUUUACGUACCUGCGAACACAAUUUAUUCCGCUUCUACGAUCGAUGAAUGCAUUCAUCCAUGCACGAAACCUUGCCUCUCUUUAUUCUUAAAUAAAACCUAUCAUUAAUUAUAAUAUACAUUGCGUAAUUUAAAACGACAAGCACGUGGUAACCUAUUGAUCUAUAAGAUUACUUGUUAUAACGACGCGGUAGAAUAUAGAGCGAAUUUUCUUUUUGGUAAUAAGUACGAGAUAUAGAAAGGAAAAAUUAUAAAAGAUAAAACGACCAAAGAAUAAAUAAUUGUAGAGGUUGAAGUCUGCUACAUUGGCGGGCACAAUUAUACUGUAUAUAUACAUACGUGAUGUGUGAAGAACUAUUUCCAUACUUGUCGCAUUUUUUUUUUUUUUUUUAUUACUAAGCUUUUUAUCUACAAAAUACGGUGUGUUUGAUUUAUCAAAUCAAAUAUAAUAUCUUCAUCCACCGAUUUUUAUUUUAACAUGUAUUGUAAAACUACAUUUACAAUGAAAAU